AUGGAUUCCGGCAACACGGAGAAGAGAGACCUAACCCUCGACCUGCCGGACGACUGCCUGGCCCUCGUCUUCCACCACCUCUCCUCCACCGCAGACCGUAACCGCUGUUCCCUUGUCUGCCGCCGCUGGCUCGCCGUCGACUCGCUUUCCCGGUACCGGCUCUCUCUUCGCGCUACGGCUUCCCUCCCCGCCUCCUCCCUCCUAGGCUGCCGCUUCCCCUCUCUCUCCCGUCUUACUCUUCGUUGUGACCGCUCCUCCCUUUCUAUCCCCGACGGCGUCCUCCUCUCCCUCUCCUCCCUCUGCCCCAACCUCGUCGCCCUUCGCCUCAAAGCCUGCCGCCACCUCUCCGACGAUGCCUUCCACUCCCUCGCACUUCCCCGCCUCGUGGAGUUCUCCGCUUCCUCCUGCAACUUCGGCGCAUCGGCUCUCAACUCUCUGCUUGCCUCGUCUCCCAACCUCGAGAGCCUCUCGAUCAAGCGCCUCCGCGGCCUCGCCGCCGAUCCCCCUUCUCUCCACGUCUCUGCCGCCGCCUCCCGUCUCCGCCGGAUCCACCUCAAGGAGCUCUUCAACGCCCAGGCCCUCGCUCCGCUCCUCGCCGGCUCCCUCCAAUUGGAAUCCCUCACCGUCGUCCGCUGCUCCGGCGAUUGGGAUCAGAUCCUGGAGGAUGCCACCGUUAAGGUUCGCGGACUGGUCCACCUUCACAUCGAGCGGUCUCACGUUGGCGAUCGCGGCCUCUCGGCGGUAGCAAGGUGCGCGAGCCUCGAAUCGUUCAAUCUCAUCAAGACGCCGGAUUGCACAGAUUCAGGAGUUGCCGGUGUGGCAGCCGGCUGCAGGGGUCUCAGGAGGGUGAGGUUGGACGGGUGGAGGAUGAACAGGAUCGGGGAUGUGGGCCUGACAGGAUUGGCGAAGAAUUGUCGAAAUUUGAAGGAAUUGGUGUUGGUGGGGUUGAACCCGACGGCCUCGAGCUUGGGGGAGCUGGGGGAAGGAUGCCCUGGAGUGGAGAGGCUAGCACUCUGCGGAAGCGAAACCAUCGGCGACGGUGAAUUGGCGGUUGUGGCUGCAAAAUUCAGGUCAUUGAGGAAGCUAUGCGUGAAGGGUUGCCCUGUUUCAGACGACGGCAUGGGCGCUCUGGCCCGCGGGUGCCCUGAAUUGGUGAAAGUUAAGGUGAAGAAGUGCAGGGGAGUCAGCGUUGAGGGGGUAGAAUUCCUGAAGCAGCACAGACCUGGGAAGGCGUUGGAGUUUGAAUUGGAUGAAGAGGAGGAAGUCCAUGGCAAGGAUAAUUUAGAGUUGGUUGUGGGGAAUGAGAGAACUAAUGUGGCCGCGACACUCAGCCCCAGCAAGUCCAUAGUUCUCAGAGCUAGGAUGAGUUUUCUUGUUAUUGCUGGCAGCAUCAGGAGGUGGUGA